AUGAAUAACGUGCAAACAGCAAUCGCGGCAAUCCGCAACAUGACGAACGAUGAGAUCAACCAAGUCAUGGAAGCAAUCAAAAUGCAACGCACAUUCAACGCUCAAAAGGUUACUCAACAACUCACAGUGGGCGACACGGUAAGUUUUGACGCGAAGACGCGAGGGGUGAUCACUGGCACGGUCACAAAAAUCAACCCUAAGACGGUCCAAGUCCGUGCGCAUCGGACUUGGACGUUAUGGAAGGUCGCCGCCAGCGUGCUCACAAUACGAGAGAAAAACCCGUUCAUCGGCUGUGUGGAUGAUGACGGUACGAAGAAGAAACCACGAUUGGAGGAGGACUAA